AUGCAGAUGCAGUCGAAGCUAUGCAAACGCGACGACGGCGGCUUCUCACUGCCGCAGGACAUCAUCUCGGUGUCGGAGGUGCUACUGAUCAGGGUGCCGGCGAAGGCCCUGCGCCAGUGCGCCGGUUCCGGUGCGUGUGCAAGGCCUGGCGUGCCCUCAUCUCCGUCCCGGCCUUCCUCGCCGCACGGAGAUCCUGCGGCCGCUCCGGCCCCCUCAUCGUCGCCAUGUGUUCGGAUCCGCACCAGAGCUCGAGCUGCGCCUGCUCGACCUGGACGACGUCCACAGGGUGUUCGACGUCAGGGCCCCAGCAUCGCUGGCGCUGACGCGGCUCAACCUCAUCUUCGUCGAAAGCUCAACCUCAUCUUCGUCGACAGGAUGGAGCUUGGUGCCAUGAUCAUCCAUCCGGCGUCUGGGCGCGACCUCACCGUCGUUGACACCAACUAUCCCCCUCGUCCCCUGAUGGCAUCUGGUUGUAAUGGCGAGGGUAAGGCGGGGAAGAUCAUCGCAUUCCCGACCACCGCGUUCAUGGAAUCGGCAGCGGACCACUCCCACUCGAUAGGCCCUACAAUCGCUAUGAUUGGAUUGCUGACCAUGAAGAGCGUAGUCGAAGGGCCAUUUCACCUGGCACACAUGGUCGUAGCCGAUCACCAACGCUCACCGUCAAACUGA